ACGACGACCAUGCGCGCCAUUCUUCUCAUCGCAGCGGCCAGCAGCGCCUGCGCCUUCCUCCCUUCCGCCCCUCUGUCUCCUUCCCUUGGUCUCGCCAAAGCCGCUCAUACAACCCUCCCCCUGAGAUCUCCUGCACGCGCUCGCCAUGCGGUUGGGCCCAAAAUGCAAGUCCAAGAGAUUGCUGACCAGGCCAUGACCUUGGCGGCAUAUCCUCAAGGCCUCGUGGAUGCUGUCACCGCGUACAUGAACCUCUACGUUCCUUUGUUCAAGGGUUUGAAUCUUCCUCCUUUCAUGCUCCACUGGUUUCACGCGCUCAACAUGGGAGUUGUCCUUGCUAGCAUGGGUACCUACGGAACCAUCUUGGGCUGGCAAAUUCGCCAGAAUCCCAAGUCAGCUGGUGAGCUUGCUGUUGGUCCCAACCUCGGUAAGACCACUUCGGAGCUCCAUUCGACUUUGAUGGGAGCGAUGGGUCUUAUCUUCUUCCUUGGAGCAAACGGAGGACUCGUUCUCUCUCUCGUCCAGGACAAGCCGAUCAUGCAGUCUACCCACUUCACCUCCGCCAUGGUCGGAUUCGCGCUUCUUGCCGCUCAGGCUUCCCUUACUACCCUCUUCAAGGGCGGAAACGCCAAGACUGCAAGAACGGCCCACGCCUUCUUGGGAUCUGCGACCAUGGGUGUCUUCCUCUUCCACGCUUACCAGGGCCUCCAGCUCGGCCUUGAGUACAGCGCGCCAGCAAUUGUUGCUUCAGUGCAGUGAGUGAAAUCUUUGGAAUUUUAUAUAC